UAUAUACUAGGACUACUAAUAUCCUCUCACAUUCACCUCAUCCUCUGCUUCUUCAGUCAAAACCUCAGCUCUCUCUUACUCUGCCCCCUCUCUGUUUUUUUUCAGAAGACUCUAAGAGCACAAUGGAUCCAGACCAAGCAGUGGGUUUUCAAUUCCACCCGACUGAUGAACAACUCAUCCACCAUUAUCUGAAUCUUAAGAACCUUGGUUUUGAUGACCGAGUCACAAAUAUUGGAGAGAUUGAAAUCUGCAACUUCGAGCCUUGGCAAUUACCCGAGCGGGCGGUUACUCCAACAAACGAUUACACAUGGUACUUCUUUACGCGUCCAGAUUACAGGUACACAAACAGCAGACGCGCAAAUAGGAUAACCAAUGGUGGAUACUGGAAAGUUAUCGGGAAGGCACGUAAAAUCGUUGAUGGAAACAACGAUGAGAUUGGUACCAAGAAAACAUUGGUUUUCCUCCAAGGAAAUGUGCCGAAAGGAGUGAAGACUAAUUGGGUCAUUCAUGAGUACCAUUCCAACAUGAACAAUUCUGACCAGAGGGAUUUUGUCCUCUGUCGUUUGAAGAAAAAGCCGGGUGGUCAUUUUGAUGAUGCAAUAGACGAAGAAGGGCAGCCAAUUCAGCAUAAUGUAGCUCAACAGAUCGAUCCUCAACUUCAUGGGGAUAACUUGGAGUCACAAUAGUUGGAGAUGUACAAGUUUCAGGAGGCACUUUGCAAGCUAUAAAUAUUUUAAUGGUUAUUGAUUACAAUAUGCAUGUAACUUGUAUUAUAUAGUGGUUUGAACUGUAAUAAGUACUAGUGUGGCUUUCAUUUUGUGUCUUAAGAGUGUGUGUUUGUCACUAGAGUGAUGUUGUGAGGUUGAUAUAUGGAUGUGCCUAUAGUGUAGUGGUGUGUUGAGAGUUUUUAAUGUUGAAAAUGUAAUCCUUAUAAGAAGAGUUGUUAUUGUUUAUGUAGUACUUGCUUGUUAUUUGGAA